AUGGCUGAAUUCUUACUACCUGGUACCAACAACUUCCGCAAGUUCACUCAGGAAUCCUUGGCUGCCAUCAGAAAGAGAAUUGCUGCCAAGAAGAAUUGUCGAAGAAAUACUAUAGAGCAGAAACCUGAGGUGAAGCCACGUCCCCAGCUUGACCUGAAAGCUUUCCAGAAGUUACCAGCUCUCUAUGGAAAUCCUCCUCCAGAGCUCAUCGGGGAACCACUGGAAGAUCUUGACCCCUACUACAAAGAUCAUAAGGUUUUCAUAGUGCUAAACAAAAAGAAAACAAUCUUCAGAUUUACUGCUACACGUGCCCUGUGGAUCCUCAGUCCCUUCCAUCCAAUACGAAGAACAGCAAUUAAAAUUUUAGUACACUCAUUAUUCACUUUGUUUAUCAUGUGCACCAUUCUAACUAACUGUGUGUUCAUGGCUCUGACUGAGUCCUCAAAGACUACAUCUCCAUCGAAAUUACUCAAGUAUGUUGAAUUUACUUUCACUGGCAUUUACACUUUUGAAUCAUUGAUAAAAAUAUUGGCAAGAGGAUUCUGUCUAAAUGAAUUCACUUUCCUUCGAGAUCCCUGGAACUGGUUGGACUUCAGCGUUAUCGUUAUGGCGUAUGUGGGAGCCUUUAGUACCUGGGGAAGUGUGUCAGUCCUUCGGACUUUCAGGGUUCUGAGAGCUUUAAAAACCAUUUCAGUAGUCCCAGGACUCAAGAUCAUUGUAGGGGCACUUAUCCAGUCUGUUAAGAAACUUGCUAAUGUGAUGAUCCUGACUGUUUUCUGCCUGAGUGUCUUUGCCCUUAUUGGCCUCCAGCUUUUCAAGGGAAAUCUCAGACAAAAGUGUAUCAAGAACACUACAGAGUGUGGUAACAAAACAUGGGAAACCUAUGAAAUGUUUGUUAAUGAUUCAGAUGAUUUUGCUAAGAAAAAUGGCACAUUAGAUAUUUUGCUGUGUGGUUCUGGUGCUGGGGCCUGUCCUCCAGGCUACAAAUGCUGUAAAAUUGGUCCAAAUCCUGAUUAUGGUUUCACCAGCUUUGAUACAUUUGGUUGGGCUUUUCUUUCCUUAUUCCGCCUGAUGACCCAGGACUACUGGGAGCGUCUGUACCAACAGACCCUCAGAGCUUCUGGGAAGGUGUAUAUAGUCUUCUUCAUGAUGGUCAUCUUUCUGGGCUCAUUUUAUCUAGUCAACUUGAUUCUGGCUGUAGUAACAAUGGCAUAUGAAGACCAGAACAAGGCCACCAUUGCUGAAACAGAGGCAAAGGAAAGGAAAUUUCGGGAAGCCAUGGAAUUAUUACAGAAGGAGCAAGAGUCAUUGGGUAUUAAAGGAAUUGAUAUCCUGUCACUUAGCUCCUUUGAAGACCCUUCUCUGUCUACCAAAGAAAUCAAAGAAAGAAACAACAGGAAAAAGAGAAAUAAGUCCUUGGGGAUAGAAGAUAAUGAAGGAGAAGAAGAAUUCCCCAAGUCACAGUCCACAGACAAUCAACGAAAGUUGUCUCUCCUUGGCCUGGUGUAUGGUCCCAAUGCAAGCCAGGGGAGACGCAGACUUAGCCAUGGGAGCGUGUUCAAUUUCCAAAUACCCGCUGCAGAAGCUGAUUCCAGGACGGAUUUUGGUGCUGAGGAAACCCACGGUGCUGGGGGACACAAAAUCCGGUGCCAUUCCCUGUCGGGCACACAGAUUGGAAGACGCUCCAGCUGGCAAAGCCAAAUGAGCCACAGCUCUCACCCCCCUACCCCGAACUGUGUGCAGAGCAAGUGGGCUAGCACGGAUGACUACCAUGGUGUGGUUUUGGGGCUGGGAGGAGGAAGCAGCAGGGUUCACAGUCAAGAUCCAGUGUCUUCUGAAGGACUAGUGCUUCCGCCGGUAAUGGAAGACUCAGGAAAGGGAGAUCUGCCAGCUGUGCAUGAUGAGAGCAGCAUGAUGCAUUUACCUCCUCAUCUGUCAGUGGAGUACUUUAAUGAGGCUCUUCAGAGACAGAGGGCAGCAAGUGUAGUCAGCAUAAUUACCAGUGUCUUGGAGGAACAUGAAGAAGCUCAGCAGAGAUGCCCACCACGCCUAAAGAAUCUUGCUUUAAAGUAUCUGAUUUGGGACUGUUGUCCACUUUGGUUGAGAAUCAAGAAAAAAGUGGCUGCUUUCAUAAAGGAUCCUUUUUUUGAUCUCGCUAUCACUGUUUGCAUUGUGAUGAACACUCUGUUCAUGGCACUGGAGCACAAUAAUAUGUCAGAUACUUUUAAAUUCAUGCUUAAAGUAGGCAACUUGGUUUUUACAGGAAUCUUCACGGCAGAAAUGAUCUUAAAAAUCAUCGCUCUAGAUCCCUAUUAUUAUUUUCAGCAGCCCUGGAAUAUUUUUGACAGUGUAAUUGUCACAUUGAGUUUAAUUGAACUGAGUUUGCCCAGAAGCAAAAACCGGAGGGAAAGGCGAAGAGGAGGAACCCUGUCGGUUUUACGAUCCUUCAGACUGCUAAGGGUCUUCAAACUGGCAAAGUCCUGGCCAACUUUAAACACUCUAAUCAAAAUAAUUUGUAACUCCCUGGGAGCGCUGAGUAAUCUGACCCUCGUCCUGGGAAUCAUCAUUUUCAUUUUUGCCAUAGUAGGGGUGCAACUUUUUGGGAAAAGUUAUAGGCUCAACUGCACUAGAAUAAGCGAAGAUUGCAAGCCACGUUGGCACAUGAUGGACGUUUUCCAUUCAUUCCUCGUCGUUUUCCGAAUUUUGUGUGGAGAAUGGAUUGAGACCAUGUGGGGCUGCAUGGUGGUUGCUGAAGCACCACUGUGUCUUUUUGUCUUUCUGCUGGUCAUGGUGAUAGGAAAUUUAGUGGUUCUCAACCUUUUCAUUGCCCUACUGCUGAGUUCCUUCAGUGCUGACAGUCUCCAGACAACAGAGGAUGAUGGAGAGAUGAACAAUCUCCGGAUUGCCUUUGCUCGGAUCCACAAGGGAUUUCACUUUGUCAAGAGCAAGACGUGGGACACCUGUUGUGCAAAGCUCAGGUAUUUAAAGAAAGCACACAGUAAGAAAAUCAAAUUGACUGCACAGAACUCACUUCGACUCAGGUGUGAAGAAAUAAAAAACCGUAAAGAGAAUUACAACAAUAAAUGGACUGAGAAAGAUUUUGUUAACAAUCCCAACAUAGUCGUUUGUGUCCCUAUUGCUGAGGAGGAGAACACAAGUGAGGGUUUUGAGGAUGAUGAUGAACUGAGCUCAUUUACGGACACAGAAUACAGCAAACAGUUUGACAGUGUCAGCUCUUCUGAAGGCAGCACAGUCGAUCUGACAAAUCCUGAGGAUGUUUUGAGGCAGAUUCCAGAAUUUUCUGAAGACUUCAAGACUCCAGAACAAUGUUUUCCAGAAGGUUGUGCUCGACACUUUCGUUGUUGUGUGGGUAGUGCUGCAAACUUUGGAGGAGAAACAUGGUGGAACCUGAGGAAAACCUGCUACCAGAUUGUCGAACACUCUUGGUUUGAAUCCUUUAUCAUAUUCAUGAUUCUUCUGAGCAGUGGAGCCCUGGCAUUUGAAGACAUCCAUUUACAGAAGAGAGGCAGAAUUCAAAUGAUACUGGCAUUUCUUGACAAAAUGUUCACUUUCAUCUUUGUUCUGGAGAUGCUUCUGAAAUGGGUGGCUUAUGGCUUCAAGAAGUAUUUCACCAAUGCCUGGUGCUGGCUGGACUUUCUUAUUGUAGAUGUAAGUUUUGUCUCUUUGAUAAAUCUCUUUGGCAGCUCGUUUGGCCCAAUGAAAUCUCUUAGGACUCUCCGAGCUCUGAGACCCUUAAGAGCAUUGUCACGAUUUGAGGGAAUGAGGGUGGUUGUCAAUGCCCUCCUGGGAGCCAUCCCUUCCAUCAUGAAUGUUCUGCUUGUCUGCCUCAUCUUCUGGCUCAUCUUUAGCAUCAUGGGAGUGAACCUCUUUGCUGGGAAGUUUGGGAAAUGUGUCAACCUGACAGAAGAAGAUUCCAAAUUAAACGACAUGAUCAAAAACAAAUCAGACUGUGAGAAUUACAAUAACACGGGGAAAAUAUUCUGGGUCAAUGUCAAAGUCAACUUUGAUAAUGUUGGCUCUGGCUACCUGGCUCUUCUUCAGGUGGCAACAUUCAAAGGUUGGAUGGACAUCAUGUAUGCAGCAGUAGAUUCACGAGAGAAAGAUGACCAGCCAGAAAUGGAGCACAAUCUGUAUAUGUAUCUCUACUUUGUGGUCUUCAUCGUCUUUGGAUCUUUCUUUACCCUGAACCUCUUUGUUGGUGUUAUUAUUGACAACUUCAAUCAACAAAAGAAAAAGAUAAGUGGGGAAGAUAUCUUUAUGACAGAAGAACAGAAAAAAUACUACAAUGCAAUGAAAAAGUUGGGAUCCAAGAAACCUCAAAAACCCAUUCCGAGACCACUGAACAGAUACCAAGGGUUCCUUUUUGACAUUGUAACAUGCCAAACCUUUGAUGUUGUCAUCAUGGUUCUCAUCUGCCUUAACAUGAUCAUGAUGAUGGUGGAAACCUAUGAGCAAAGUGAAACGAAGACGAAUGUCCUGAACAAAAUCAAUAUACUCUUCGUUGUCAUCUUUACUGCAGAGUGUGUCCUGAAAUUGGUGGCUCUGAGGCAAUACUAUUUCUCAAAUGCCUGGAACAUAUUUGAUUUAGUGGUUGUUAUUAUGUCACUUGUUGCCCUACUGCUUUCUAGCAUCGGCAAAGCAUUUGAGCAUAUCUUACCACCCACACUCUUCAGGGUCAUUCGCUUGGCUCGGAUUGGACGAAUACUGAGACUCAUCCGGGCUGCCAAAGGAAUUCGGACUCUGCUUUUUGCCUUAAUGAUGUCCCUGCCCGCUCUGUUCAACAUUGGCCUCUUGCUUUUCUUGGUCAUGUUCAUCUAUGCCAUUUUUGGCAUGGCUAACUUUGCCUAUGUGAAGAUGGACGAUGGCAUUGAUGACAUGUUCAACUUCCAAACCUUCGCUAACAGCAUGCUCUGUCUCUUCCAAAUCACCACAUCAGCUGGCUGGGAUCUUCUUCUCAGUCCUAUUUUAAACACUGGGCCACCAUACUGUGAUCCAAGCAUACAUGGUACUGUAGGUGAAUGUGGUAAACCUGCCACGGGUAUUAUAUAUUUUGUAAGUUACAUCAUUAUAUCAUUUCUCAUUGUUGUAAACAUGUAUAUAGCUGUUAUUCUGGAGAACUUCAAUGUUGCUACUGAGGAAAGUACAGAGCCUUUAGGGGAAGAUGACUUUGACAUCUUUUAUGAAAUCUGGGAGAAGUUUGAUCCUGAGGCAACUCAAUUUAUAACUUUCUCUGCGCUUUCAGAUUUCGCAGAUGCUCUGGCUGAACCUUUACGUGUACCAAAACCAAACAAAGUUGAACUCACAGCCAUGGACCUGCCUCUGGUCAGUGGGGACAAGAUACACUGCUUGGAUAUCUUGUUUGCUUUUACCAAGAGAGUGUUGGGAGAUUCUGGGGAGUUGGAUACUCUAAAAGUACAAAUGGAGGAGAAGUUCAUGGCUGCCAACCCAUCAAAACAGUCCUAUGAGCCAAUAUCCACCACGCUCAGGCACAGACAGGAGGAAGCCUGUGCCACAGUCAUCCAACGUGCCUACAGGAGUCACCUGCUCCUACGCUCCUUAAAACAGGCUUCUUACCUGUACCACCGCAGAACUUGCAGUGCUGACACUCUGGGAGAGGCUGCUCCAGAGAAUGAGGGGCUUAUUGCAUCUAUGAUGGCUGCAAACUAUGGUAGGAGUCCUAACAAGUCUGAAACUUUGUCCUCAGUAUCCCUUCCUCCAUCAUAUGACAGUGUCACAAGAGAGAGUAGUGGCAAUCUUGUGGUUGAGAAUGAAGAAAUAACAGGUAAUCAGCAAUCUCCAGACAUUAAAUAG